UGCCGAUUCAGUUUACAAAGUGAGAUCGCGAAGUGCAGACGAUCUUUGAGAUGCACGCUCUACGGAUAGGUUUCCUGUUACUAACUCUGCCAGCUUAUCUGCAGGCUGCCAGGAUACUGGCUAUAUUUCCGUUUCCGGGGCCAUCACAGUAUAUUAAUGUGGUACCUUAUCUAAAGGAACUGGCUGGUCGGGGUCACCAUGUUACCUCGGUUAAUGCGUUUCCGCAAAAGAAACCAGUGGCUAACUUCAGAGAUGUGUUUCUCCCAGAUGUAUUUGACAAUUAUAACGAAUUGAUAAACGAACUGAGCGAACCAAUGAAUUUGUGGCAGGGGAACAACGCCAUCAAUAAAUUCUUUGUGGACAUUACACGCUGUGUUCUUGCCAACAAAGAGGUUACAGAAACCCUUUUGCCACCCGGAAAGGAUCAUUUCGAUCUUAUCAUUGUUGAGGCUCUACGCUCGGAUGCCUACUAUGGAUUUGCGGCCCACUUCAAUGCCCCUAUAAUUGGCAUAUCCACCUAUGGAACUGAUUGGAACAUUGACUCGCUAGUGGGCAAUGAAUCUCCUCUAUCGUAUACUCCGCUGGCAACGGGCGGUCUUACAGAUCGAAUGACUUUCUUGGAGCGUCUGUCCAACUUUGUGGAUACUACGGUUGCCUGGAUUAACUUCAAAUUUGUUCAUAUGCCAGAGCAGGAGAAAAUGUAUGCGAAAUACUUUCCCGAGGCCUCGCAAAGGGUUAAACUCACCGAUUUGAAUAGAAACUUCUCCCUGGUAUUGCUGAAUCAGCACUUUUCGUUGAGCUUCUCGCGUCCGUACGUUCCGAACAUGAUCGAGGUUGGAGGUCUUCACAUAUCCCACAAGCCAGCUCCUUUGCCCAAGGACUUGGAAGAGUUUAUUCAAGGUUCCGGGGAGCAUGGUGUAAUCUACUUUUCACUGGGCUCUAAUGUUCUUAGUAAGGAUCUACCGGCAGAAAGGAGAGAUCUUAUCCUAAAAACCUUCGCCAGCUUGCCGCAGCGAGUGCUCUGGAAAUUCGAGGACGACAAGUUGCCUGGCAAGCCGUCCAAUGUUUUUAUCAGCAAAUGGUUUCCUCAGCCGGAUAUCCUGGCCCAUCCCAAGGUCAAGCUCUUUAUCACCCACGGCGGAUUGUUGAGCACCAUCGAGAGCAUCCAUCAUGGCAAACCCGUCUUGGGUCUGCCCUUCUUCUACGAUCAAUUCCUGAAUGUAAGGCGGGCCACGCAGGCAGGUUUUGGAUUGGGACUCGAUCACAAGACAAUGACACAGCAGGAAUUUAAGAAGACCAUCGAGAUAUUGCUCAAGGAGCCGCGAUUUGCGCAGAUUGCUAGGCAGAUGUCCGAACGAUAUCGUGAUCAGCCAAUGAGUCCACUGGACACCGCCAUUUGGUGGACCGAGUACGUUCUGCGGCACAAAGGAGCCUACUACAUGAGAGUGGCUGGCCAGGACUUGGGUUUCCUCGCCUACCACAGCCUGGAUGUCAUUGGAUUCCUUUUGGGCGGAGCUCUUCUGCUUGUCGCGAUCAUUGUGGGAGUCCUUGGGAAAGCAGCUAAGCUUACGGAUUUUGGAAAUUCCAAGAAAAAGCUAAAAACCAAGCCUACGAGUAUGUUGGUUCUGAGAUCGAUACUUCUGGUGGUGGCCCUGCUGCCUGUUCUCCUGGAAGGAGCGCGUAUCCUCGGCGUGUUUCCCAUACCCAGCCACUCGCAUUAUUAUCACGCCCUACCUUAUCUAAAGAAAUUGGCAUCUUUGGGCCAUGAGAUUACUUCUGUAAGCCCAUUUCCAUUGAAAGAGCCUGUGGCUAAUAUACAUGAUAUUCCAGUUCCGGAAUUAUUUGACAAUAUAGAGGAAAUUGUUGGAAAUUUAACGAACCGGAAGGGCACAUGGAAUGAAUUUGAAUACAUCAACCAGUAUACCCUUGGUCUUGUCGAAAAAGUUCUUGAAAAUGAUGGAGUGCGUCGAGAGAUUCUGCAACCAGAAAGCCUUCAGUUUGAUCUGAUCAUUGUGGAUCUUUGGCGGCUUGAUGCUCUAUAUGGCUUGGCGGCCUAUUUUGAUGCCCCCAUCAUUGGAAUUGCAUCCUAUGGAACCGACUGGAAGAUUGACGAACUAGUGGGCAAUGUAUCACCAUUAGCAUACCUGCAGUCUCCGUCUUUCAACUGGUUUGAUCUUGACACCUAUGGAGGACGCCUGGGGCACUUUGUGGAUCAGUCUCUGGCUUGGAUUAACUGGCAUUGGCGGCACGAGGAAAAGCAUGAGGCGCUCUACAGAAAGUACUUUUCAAAAGUUGCCGAUAAACGUUCUCUGUCCGAGAUCACCCGAAAUUUCGCCUUGAUUUUGGUUAACCAACACUUUACGAUGGCUCCACCACGUCCAUAUGCUCCCAAUGUUAUUGAAGUCGGUGGUAUGCAUAUUGAUCAACAACCAAAAGCUUUACCCCAGGAAUUUGAGGAUUUUAUCCAGGGGGCUGGUGAACAUGGAGUAAUUUACUUUUCGCUCGGCACCAAUGUUAGGAGUAAAAAUUUGUCUGCAGAUCGCAGAAAAAUAUUGAUUGACACAUUUGCCAGCCUGCCACAGCGCAUCUUGUGGAAAUUCGAUGCUAAGGAGUUGUCAGAUGUACCCUCGAAUGUUCUAAUUAGCCCAUGGUUUCCACAGCAGGACAUCCUUGCUCAUCCAAACGUAAAACUGUUCAUAACUCACGGAGGCUUACAGAGCACAGUCGAAUGUAUCCAUCAUGGUGUACCGAUGCUGGGAUUACCAUUCUUCUACGAUCAGUUCAGAAAUAUGGAACACAUCAAAACACAGGGUAUAGGUUUAGUUUUAAACUAUAAGGAUAUGACAAGCGAUGAGUUUAAGGACACUAUUCAUCGGUUGCUAACAGAAAAGCGUUUUGGUGUCACGGCAAAAAGAACAGCGGACAGGUAUCGGGAUCAACCAAUGAAUCCUUUGGAUACGGCGAUCUGGUGGACCCACUACGUCCUACGACACAAGGGAGCACCUCAUAUGCGGGUAGCGGGCAGAAAUCUGGAUUUUAUAACUUACCACAGCUUGGAUGUCUUGGGAACUUUUCUCCUGGCCUUUUUGGCAAUCCUGAGCAUUGUUGUCCUUAGUGUAAUUAAACUGUUGAGGGCCAUCCUAAAGAGUAAAAAUGGUAAUAGAUCACCCAAGCAGAAAGUAAAUUAACUUACCAAUAUAUCAAUAGAGAAUACAUAUCUGUGUACAAUCGAUUUAUGACAUAUAGAUUAGGAAGAUGUAAGCAUGUUGAGUUAAUGCUAAAAUAUAUUAUACUUCCUUACACUCUUA